CACUUGAACUUGUAGAAUCUUAUGUGGAAACGCGUAAUAUUGACUAGUUAUUUUUGGAAGACAAGACAAUUUAAGGCACUUCCUGUCAUGGGGACCAAGGAAUUACUUCUAUCUGCUGGUAUUCCGAAUGAAUUUGGAGAAGCUAUGAGAAGCGAGAAUGGAAUAUAUAAAGCAGCGACCUACGAACCGUUUAAUAAAAAUAAACCAUAUCAAGCGAAGAAAUGUUCCACCCCUAAACCUUACAAAGGACACACAUACAAACAUACCAUCAAACCAAUACGUGAAAGCAGAGAGUACGAGCCCUAUACUUAUGAUCACGUGUACGUUAUGUCCAGGAUAUAUCACGAAAAACCAAAGAAAGAGGGACCAAAGAAAACAAAGAAACCGCCCCCUCAGAAACCGAAAACACCUCCGCCACCUCGCCAGUCCUCGCCUUCUCUACCAUACAGUGCUGUGGAAACCAUCAAGCGGUCAAAUCUGUUAUUAGCGGAAGUACGCACAUCAUCACCGGAACACAGCUAUUCUGUGUUCAGCUGACAGGAGAUAUACUUCCGGUUUUGCUAUACGUCUACUUCCAGAACGUGUUGUGUGCAAUAUUUAGAUUUAUUGCAAGCAUGAUGUCCCACAUAUACAAGCAGUGUAUAUAAUACUACUUGAACUCUUAGUAUUGAUGACUCAAGCAAGUGU